CGCAGGCCCGUACCUGAGGUGGCCCCGGCCCCCUCCCGCCCGCCGCGCCGCCCCGGCCGCCCCUCCCCGCGCCCCCCGCGCCUCCGCCCCCGCCUCCUCCCGCCCUCCGCCUCCCUUCCCCCUCCCCGCCCAGCCGCGGCCGCUGGGGCCCCGGCUCUCGGUUAUAAGAUGGCGGCGCUGAGCGGCGGCGGCGGCGCGGAGCAGGGCCAGGCUCUGUUCAACGGGGACAUGGAGUCCGAGGCCGGCGCCGGCGCCGCGGCCUCUUCGGCUGCGGACCCUGCCAUUCCCGAGGAGGUGUGGAAUAUCAAACAGAUGAUUAAGUUGACACAGGAACAUAUAGAGGCCCUCUUGGACAAAUUUGGUGGGGAGCAUAAUCCACCAUCAAUAUAUCUGGAGGCCUAUGAAGAAUACACCAGCAAGCUAGAUGCACUCCAGCAAAGAGAGCAGCAGUUGUUGGAAUCCCUGGGGAAUGGAACUGAUUUUUCUGUUUCUAGCUCAGCAUCAACGGACACCGUUACGUCUUCUUCCUCUUCUAGCCUUUCAGUGCUACCUUCAUCUCUUUCAGUUUUUCAAAAUCCCACAGAUGUGUCACGGAGCAACCCCAAGUCCCCACAAAAACCUAUCGUUAGAGUCUUCCUGCCCAACAAACAGAGGACAGUGGUACCUGCAAGAUGUGGAGUUACAGUCCGAGACAGUCUAAAGAAAGCACUGAUGAUGAGAGGGCUAAUCCCAGAAUGCUGUGCUGUUUACAGAAUUCAGGAUGGAGAGAAGAAACCAAUUGGCUGGGACACUGACAUUUCCUGGCUUACUGGAGAAGAACUACAUGUAGAAGUAUUGGAGAAUGUUCCACUCACAACGCACAACUUUGUACGGAAAACUUUUUUCACCUUAGCGUUUUGUGACUUCUGUCGAAAGCUGCUCUUCCAGGGUUUCCGCUGUCAAACGUGUGGUUACAAAUUUCACCAGCGUUGCAGCACAGAGGUGCCGCUGAUGUGUGUUAAUUAUGACCAACUUGAUUUGCUGUUUGUCUCCAAGUUCUUUGAACACCACCCAGUACCACAGGAGGAGGCCUCCCUAGCAGAGACAGCCCUCGCCUCUGGAUCCUCGCCCUCAGCUCCUCCCACAGACUCCCUUGGGCCCCAAAUUCUCACCACUCCGUCUCCUUCAAAAUCCAUUCCAAUUCCACAGCCCUUCCGACCAGCGGAAGAAGAUCAUCGAAAUCAGUUUGGGCAACGAGAUCGGUCAUCAUCAGCCCCCAAUGUUCAUAUUAACACAAUAGAACCUGUUAAUAUUGAUGACUUGAUUAGAGACCAAGGGUUUCGUGGUGAUGGAGCCCCUUUGAACCAGCUGAUGCGCUGUCUUCGGAAAUACCAAUCCCGGACUCCCAGUCCCCUCCUACAUUCUGUCCCCAGUGAAAUAGUGUUUGAUUUUGAGCCUGGCCCAGUGUUCAGAGGCUCAACCACAGGUUUAUCUGCCACUCCCCCCGCCUCGCUACCUGGCUCACUCACUAACGUGAAAGCCUUACAGAAAUCCCCCGGGCCUCAGCGGGAAAGGAAGUCCUCUUCGUCCUCAGAAGACAGGAGUCGAAUGAAAACCCUUGGUAGACGGGAUUCAAGUGAUGACUGGGAGAUUCCUGAUGGGCAGAUUACCGUGGGACAGAGAAUUGGAUCUGGGUCAUUUGGAACCGUCUAUAAGGGAAAAUGGCACGGUGAUGUGGCAGUAAAAAUGUUGAAUGUGACAGCACCUACACCUCAGCAGUUACAGGCCUUCAAAAAUGAAGUAGGAGUACUCAGGAAAACACGACAUGUAAAUAUCCUACUUUUCAUGGGCUAUUCCACAAAACCACAACUAGCUAUUGUUACCCAGUGGUGUGAGGGCUCCAGUUUAUAUCACCAUCUGCACAUCAUAGAGACCAAAUUUGAGAUGAUCAAACUUAUAGACAUUGCACGACAGACUGCACAGGGCAUGGAUUACUUACACGCCAAGUCAAUCAUCCACAGAGACCUCAAGAGUAAUAAUAUAUUUCUUCAUGAAGACCUCACAGUAAAAAUAGGUGAUUUUGGUCUAGCCACAGUGAAAUCUCGAUGGAGUGGGUCCCAUCAGUUUGAGCAGUUAUCUGGAUCCAUUCUGUGGAUGGCACCAGAAGUAAUUAGAAUGCAAGACAAAAACCCGUAUAGCUUUCAGUCAGAUGUAUAUGCAUUUGGGAUUGUUCUGUAUGAAUUGAUGACUGGACAAUUACCUUAUUCAAACAUCAACAACAGGGACCAGAUCAUUUUUAUGGUGGGACGUGGAUACCUGUCUCCAGAUCUCAGUAAGGUACGGAGUAAUUGUCCAAAAGCCAUGAAGAGAUUAAUGGCAGAGUGCCUCAAAAAGAAAAGAGAUGAGAGACCACUCUUCCCCCAGAUUCUCGCCUCUAUCGAGCUGCUGGCCCGCUCAUUGCCAAAAAUUCACCGCAGUGCGUCAGAACCCUCCUUGAAUCGGGCUGGUUUCCAGACGGAGGAUUUUAGUCUGUACGCUUGUGCUUCUCCAAAAACACCCAUCCAGGCAGGGGGCUAUGGAGAAUUUGCAGCCUUCAAGUAGCCACACCAUCAUGGCAGCAUCUACUCUUAUUUCUUAAGUCUUGUGUUCGUAAAAUUUGUUAACACCAAAACACAGUUCUGUUCCUCAAAUCCUUUUUUAAAGAUAUAAAAUUUUCAAUGCAUAAGCUGGUAUGGAACAGAAUGGAGUUUCCUAUUCAAGAGAAGAGGGAAGACUGUUUUAGGAUCCAGAAAUCUCUGCUGCCAGUGUUUCUUCUUCAACACAAAUACCACGUGCACACAAGUAUGCCCACUCCCAGGAAGAAAGAGGAGAGAGCCUGAAUUCUGACCUUUUGACGGUCAGGCAUGAUGGAAAGAAGCUGCUGCUACAGCUUGGGAGAUUUGCUAUGGAAAGAUUUGCCAGUCAACUCUGCCCUUCUAACCCACCAGGUGGAUAUAUGGCUGAACGUUUGACGGGGCAGUUUCAAUCACCACCCUGGUCUUCAAAAGGUUGAGUAAUUUAUCAUGUGAAUUCCUCAGGCAAAGAACAGAAAUUUUAGGAAUAAUGGGACUAAUGAAUGGCGUGCUUAGACUGCAAAGAUAAAUGCACUGAAGAGUUUAUAGCCAAAACCACAUUAACAAAUGAGGACACACAGGUAAAUUUUCAGUGAAUAAAAUUAUUUUUUUAAAAGCACAUAAUAGAAAUAUUUAUCACAUAGAGCAACUAAGUUGAAACUAUAGUUCAGUGACUUUCUAGAGAAACUUUUGUACUCCCAUAGGUUCUUUAAAGCGUGGACCUUUUAUACAACAGAUACGUCUGAAAGACAUUUUAAGAAACAGCUCUAGUUUAGGGUUGAAGCACUGUACGCUGUGCAGCAGUCAUGUAUGAAACUAGAAAGAAGUGAAAUCACAGGACAGCAUGGGAUCUGAUUUACUAACAGUGCUGCUGCCAACCUAGACACUGAUUUUUCCAAGUUUGAAACAAACUUGCCUCCCAGAACUUGUUUGCAAGUAAAGUUGGACUGUGCUACUCAGCCUGCUCGGUGUACAGUGAGAUCGAAGAGGUGGGGUCAGAAUUAUGAAUGACCUGGCCUGUAGGUACAGAACUGGACUUGUUCCAUGGUGUGGUUCUCAUGUCUUGUUUAAUUCCUCAUGACCUCAGAGAUGUUAGCCCACUGUCCGCAGCAUCCUUUGGGUGUUUCCCUGAGCAAUUGAGACAUUGCUGAUACCCAUGGGCAGUUGAGCCCCAGAUGAGGGCAGCGCCUCUGUGCCUGGGGAGAGUGAAGUGGCCAAUGUUUCAUGGUCCAUGCUCCCAGCUCUGGUAGCAUUGGAAGUACUCAUAAGGUCGUUCAACAUCCGACAGCUUUCCUUUGUUGCUUUCACAUAGCUUGUUUUCCUUCUUUUUAGACAAUUAGAUGAAAAUUUAAUCCUCAUUUUCAUUAUGUCUUGUUUAUCUUCAUUUUGUUCAUUGUGGGAAGGGCAAUUAAUUGUUCCUUUGGAGUCUGUUCAGGGGAGGAGAGGAUAAAGCACUGUUACGCAGCGCUUCAAAGAAACGCAGUCAGUUCUCACCUCAGUGAAGUGGGUGAACAUUCACAGCUUCAACUGUAGUUAUUCAGUCAGCUUCAUUAGAAUGUUUACUUCUAUUGAGGUGUUCUAAGUACAGUGAUAUAACUAGUUCUGCAUGAGGACGCAGUCUGUAUCUUUUGUGGUGCAUUUUUUU